AUGCUGCGAUCUGAAGAGGUCUUUGCACACGGAGGAACUCGGCUCGGCCGGUUGGUCAUUUUGAGGCGGCGGUGGCUGCUGUGGCGCCAUGCAUUCGUGCUGUCGCUUUCUCUGCUCGCCGCUUGCCGGAUUCGAGCGGGGGAGUGCACUGCGAACGGCACCCAGUUCGACCGGUUCGUGGUGGUCAUACUGGAGAACGCGGACUUCGAGGUAGCGAUGGCCGACGACUAUCUGGCAUCGCUGGCGGCGCGGCCGGACGCGCGCUUGCUCUCGGACUACCACGGACUCGCGCACCCUUCGCAGCCGAACUACAUUGGCCAGAUCGGAGGCGACACUUUUGGCAUUACUGACGAUGAUCCUCACGAGAUCGACGCCACGAACCUGGUCGACCUGCUGGACGGCGCAAACAUCACCUGGAAAGCCUAUAUGGAGGACUACCCGGGAGACUGCUUUAACGGCAGUAACGCGGGCGGCUUGCCAUUGUUCAACGGCGCUCUGAGUCUCUACGUGAGGCAGCACAACCCUUUUGUGUCCUUUUCGAACAUCCUGGGGAGCGCGAGCCGCUGUCAGAAGAUAGUCCCUGGCAACGAACUAGAUUCGGACAUCAGCAGCAAAAGCGUGCCUCAAUUUGUGUACUUCGUUCCGAACCAGAUCCACAACGGCCACACGACCGGCUUCGGCUUCAACGUCUUCCAGGCAACUGACUGGCUGCAGGGCUGGCUGGACCCCAAACUGAACGACUCCGCGUUCAACAACGAUCGUACCGUCAUUCUAGUUACGUUUGACGAGUCCGGCGUCAGCGGUUCCGGCAAUCACGUGUAUGCGGCGCUUGUGGGCGGUCUUCUCGGCAGCCCGAGUAACUGCUCGGCAAAAGGGGACCCGCUUACAUGCGCAGACGGCUCCUAUUAUACGCACUACUCUGUGCCAAAGACUAUCGAGGAUAACUGGAAGCUGGGGAGCCUCGGACGGAACGACCAGAACGCGAGUGCUUUUAAGCUGCCCUGA